GGCCCAUCAAUAAAAGUACAAAAUGGGCUUUUACCGCCUUUUCCCUAUACGAUGCCGUUCCAUUCAUAUAUAAAAGCAUCGAACAGUCCCCAAAUUACAAUCAAAACGCGAAAAAUCCCCAAAUUGAAUUUUCAAAGGAUCUAAAGUAUUAAUCAAAAAAUUCAAGCUUUGAACAUCAAAAAAUGUCUUCACUUGCAGCUGCUAGGGCAGACAACUUCUACUAUCCUCCAGAAUGGUCUCCCAAGAAGGGUUCACUGAACAAGUUCCAUGGUCAGCAUGCUCUCCGAGAAAGAGCAAGAAAGAUAGACCAGGGCAUUUUAAUUAUAAGGUUUGAGAUGCCAUUCAAUAUCUGGUGUGGAGGAUGUGAGUCGAUGAUUGCCAAGGGUGUGAGGUUCAAUGCUGAGAAGAAGCAAGUAGGAAAUUAUUAUUCCACAAAGAUAUGGAGCUUUACUAUGAAAUCUGCAUGCUGCAAGCAUGAAAUCGUCAUUCAAACAGAUCCAAAAAACUGUGCUUAUGUUAUUAUUAGUGGAGCUCAAAAGAAGACCGAAGAAUAUGAUGCUGAAGAUGCCGAAACCUUGGUACUCCCAGUCGAUGAAGAUAAAAGUAAGUUGGUGGAUCCUUUUUAUCGCCUUGAGCACCAGGAGCAAGACUUGAAGAAGAAGAAAGAAGCUGAGCCUGUACUUGUUCGUCUUCAGCGAGUGUCUGAUAGUAGACAUUCAGAUGAUUAUGCGAUGAACAAGGCUCUCCGAGCCAAGCUUAGGGGUCAAAAGAAAAGAGUUGCUGAAGAAGAGGCUGCUUCGAAGAAAAUAGGACUUGGUAUUAGGUUACUACCACCUUCUACAGAGGAUGCCGCAACUGCUGCAAGUGUUAAAUUUGCUCAUAAGUUUGAUAGGAACAGAAGGGAUAAACGAGCCAUGAUAUACUCUGGUUCAAUUUUUUCCGGAUCAUCUGGUUCUUCAAAGCAUUCGGAGCUAGAAUCUAAGAGGAGGAAAAUAAACGCGUCUGCUGCUUCUAAGCUGCUGGUUGGAGGAUUUAAGCCCUCAUCAUGGUCUGAAGCUACUGUUUCAUCUAAGAAAGAUCUUCUGGCUCUUCGAAGCAUUCGGAGCUAGAAUCUCAGUGGAGGAAAACGUGUCUGCUGCAUCAAAGCUACUGGUUCCUCGUCGUGAUAGGAAGCUGUCGUUUCAUCUAUGCUUUCUCCGGUCAAUAUUUUAGAUUCUUGGUUAACCUGGCCGAUCGAGAAUUGAGUUUAAAAUUUGUUGCCUUUUACUUAUAAUUAGUUGAGUUACUAAUUGUAUAGAGUUGUUGUGUGUUAAAGAGUGAUAUGCUUUGUGCCUGGCUUUUAUAGUAUUUGUAUCCAUCAUAACAAGCUAGAGGUGUAAUCAAAUAGAGUAAUGUAAUUCUAGCCUCAGCAUACAAAAAAGGUUCUUGGAAUUUGAUUCAGUUAUUUGAAUGGAUGGUUGAAUCCAAUUUCAUAUUUUGAUUCUA